UCCCGGCAGAGGGGGCCGAGCCCUGCGUUGGGGGCGGCUCUUAGGGCUCGGUACCGGCGGUGGGGACGCCCCCCCCCCCCGGCUCCCGGAGCUUGCGCGGUGCCUCUGGGCACCGCUGGGCACGGCGGGGCCAUGGGCAGGCAGCGCUGAGCGCCAUGCAGCAACCGGAGCCAGUAGCCGAGCCGGUGGCCGAGCCCAUGCCCGGUUACGGGCAGCUGCUGCGGCUCGGCUACGGCAGCCUGGCCGCCGCCGUGCGGAGCUGCAACGAUUGCGGCUGGGAGCUGGCGAGGACGACGUGGGCCGAGAACGCGCACCUGGGCUGGGGCGAGGUGCUGCUCUGCGGGCUCGGAGCCCUCGGCUGGACCGCGCUGCGCCGCGCCGCCGCCCGCCGCCUCUUUCGGCCCUUCGGUGAGUGGUGCAACUUGCAGCCGAAAGAUGCUGCCAAGAUGCCCGAGAGUGCCUGGAAGCUGCUUUUCUACACGUUAUCCUGGUCGUAUGGCAUCUACCUGCUCUUCUUCACUGACUACCCCUUCUUCUAUGACCCUCCGUCUGUCUUUUAUGGCUGGAAGAAGGGCAUGGACGUACCCACGGACAUCGCCAUCGCCUACCUGUUGCAGUGCAGCUUCUACGGGCACUCCAUCUAUGCCACUGUCUACAUGGACACGUGGCGCAAGGACUCGGUCGUCAUGCUCCUCCACCACGUCGUCACGCUGACCCUCAUCGCCUUCUCCUACGCUUUCAGGUACCACAACGUGGGCAUCCUGGUGCUCUUCCUGCACGACGUCAAUGACGUGCAGCUGGAGUUCACCAAGCUCAACGUCUACUUCAAGCACCGGGGGGGUGUCUACCAUCGCCUCAACGAUGUCAUCUCCAACGUCGGCUGCCUCACCUUCAGCAUCAGCUGGUUCUGGUUCCGCCUCUACUGGUUCCCCCUCAAGGUCCUCUAUGCCACUUGCCACUCCAGCCUCCAGUCGGUGCCCAAUAUUCCCUUCUACUUCUUCUUCAACGCUCUGCUCCUUGUCCUCACCCUGAUGAACAUCUACUGGUUCCUGUACAUCGUCCUCUUUGUGGCCAAGGUGCUGAUGGGGCAGAUGCAAGAGGUGAACGACGUGCGCGAGUACGACGUGGAGGACAGCAAGAAAACCACCGUGGCUAAGAAGAAGGAGGAUGGAUUCCAGCUGCCCAGUGCUCUGAAAGAAGGGAUGCACCUGAAGAACGGACUUGUGAAAGACAAGCGGUUGUAAGAGAAGCGUGGCUGCUGCAGCCUGGGCAGCCUGGCUGGAUCUGGGGACUGCCCCAGGGCCCGACACUCAAACCCAGCAAAUGAAAGGCACAAGAACUUCAUCCCCGAUACCCCUGCGUCCCCUGCCUGGAGCUGGGGAAGAGAUGCCACUGAUGGGAACAGGGCUUGCCUGUGACCGGGCUUCACCCGAUGCUGAUGUGCUUUCUGUAGCCAGUACGUGCUGGUUCAGUUUGAGAGGCUGUGGCUUUGCUGGUCCAGGUAGGAUUUGGAGCUGGCUUUAGGUCCCCUGGUGUUUCCUCUGUCGCUCCAUCCCCCAGCUAUUCUCAGCCCCGUUGUGAUUUCCCAUCUUUAUUUUCGGUCCCUUCCAACGACCCUGCCUCAGCAGCACUGAAAGGUCUUCGGACCUAGCGUCAAACUGGAGAGAGAAACAUCCUCUGCUCACUGGCACCACUGUCCCAGGCCAGGGGAGCCCAAAGCCAGCUCUGCUCCAGCUGCCAGCAGGCACUAAAGAGGGAUUUGCAGGGCACCUCUGAGCCUCGCUGGCCAGGAGGGAUCCCUAACACAGAGCUGUCCCUAACACAGAGCUGACCUCGAGGCUGUAGCACGCAGCAGUUCCCACGUGCAGGUCUGCCUGGAAACCCAGCCCUAGAGCACUAAUCCAGCCUCCUGCCCUCCAGGAUGAGGACCAGGACAUCAAAAUUGCUUAAAACGCCCCCGUAACUCUUUAUAGUUGCUUAAAAAGCCAGCCCUGGGCACAGCUCGCGCAGGGUCCCCCGAUGAGGGAUCUCCAGACUCUCGCCCAGCGACGUCUGCCUGCUGGAGUGAAGAACAAAAGCUCCCUGCUCCCUGCGGUGGUUUUCCAGGCAGCACCAGCCCCGAGCCUUGCAAGGUCCCCGAGGCCAGGCUGGGCCGCGUGCCUCUUUGCUGGGAAGCCGUCGGGAUUUUACUGCCCUCGGUCUGAGCCCAUCCCACCGCUCCCCUCUCGCAGGACCCGUCCCCACAGCGCCCGGGGAAGCGAGGCUCCCCCCAGCCGGGGACAAUAGGCACGGAAGGGGGAUUCAGGGCAUCGAUUCCAGGGUGGCUAAUUGUUGUUUUUUCUAUUUGGUCUCGCGAUGUUGAUUCAACUCCAGGCCCAUUGUGUGAGCCUCAGGGAAAGUUCCUCAGUAAACAGAAAGCAAAAUGUGGCUUUGGCUGGAUGGAAACUGCGCCGCGCAGCAUCCGUCGCCUCGCUUGUAACGACCCAGCAGCGUUUCGGAGGGCUGCGUCUCGGUGCUUUGGUUCUGUGGCUGGUUGGCAGGAAGGAGGGAAUGAAGGAAGUUGGAUUUCUUAGCAUCGAAUUGCCCAGGCUUCGAGGUUUAACCGGGUAACUCAUCGGGCAGCGUUUGGUGUGGGAGCUCGUGCCUGGGGGACCCUGCGUGGGGAGUGGGUGCUGAGCGCCGGCAGGGUGCUGUGACGUAUUUUGGUUGAGGGAUGCAUAAAGCAGGGGCAGCGGCACCGUGACGUGAAGGGGAGCAGGGGGUGGCGGUGGCAUCCCGGUCCCUUGUGGGGUGUCGCAGGGGUUCCCUUUACCUCCUGGGUGAGGCGCUGAGAGCAGGAUCCCCGCUGGCAGCUGCGGCACCAGCCUGAAAAGCAGCCAGAGCCGGGUGGCACCCGCGCGUGGGGCAGCAGCAGCUUUGCGCACCGCAGCAGUGUUACAGCCCUCCUAAUUCAGGCACCACAGUUGUGCUUAUGCAGUUUUGGGGUUAAUAUUGUUGAGUUUGGUUUUUAUUUGUUGAUUAUUUUUUUUGUUUUGCUUUUUAAGGACCACAGCUGCUGGCUUGUGGUCCCCAGUCCAUUGCAGUAGUGUGGGUGUGCUCCUACCGCGGCUGUUCAACGCCGUUAACAAAGCCGGCAGCCCCGUGUCGUGCGGGACCCAGCUUUGCACCAGCCCCUUUGAGCAACGGUGACCACUGAGGAGUUGCUGCUUUGCUUCCCCCUUUCCCUACGGCAGCUGUAAAGGGCUGCAGCUGCACUGUAACACCUGGGCAGAGCUUUGGGGCUGUGCCCUGUGGUGUUACACAGGCAGCGUGUGCCGAGGCAGCACCCCCAGGCAGCACCCCCGCUUCCCCAGGGGCUUUCCUGGCACACCUGCAGCUUCACUUUGCCUUUUUUUUUUGGGGGGGGGGGGUGAAUGACACAUGGAAUCUGAGUUAGACUUGAAUUUAUUUUUUUUAAUUUUUUAACUAUGAGCCUGACAAUGUAGCGUGGAUUUUGUUAAUUAUUGUUUUUGGUACCUCUGUUGUAUUGGCUUCAAGGUCUGAUGAAGUAUUACCAGGCUCAGCUGGGCCUUCUCCUGCCCGGGAAGCACUAAAGGUUUAACCACUGUUUAGUUUGCAGAGGAAACGGCCUCCUGCCCCUGUGGCAGUGUUUUUGAACACACCUGAACCAUGCAGCUGAAGACCAAGACUGGAGUAGGGUGAUGUGUUAGUGCUGUAGCAUGCUAACCUUUUCCUGUCCAUGCGCAUUUUCGACUUCCCCACGGACUAGCAGCAAGCACCAGCGUCAGCCCAGCCCCUUCAUCCAGCAGCUGAACCAGAGCUUCGUUAAUAGCAAUGUUGGGCACUUACAUGUUUGAAGAGGUUAAAGGGGGACUUUACUUGCUCUCCUAAAGCAAGCAGGAACCAUUUCUUCCCAAUGUCAGAUGGGCAGGAUUCACAAAAAAACUAACUUUUUUGUAUUUGUGCUAGCUAAGAAACAGAAGCACUCAGCUACCAGAGCCAGGCUGGGCUUUGAUGUAGGUCACCUGUAAAUGCCACAAGGGGAAACAUCAGUUAGGAGAGCUUCAGGCUGGACUUGUCACCUCCCAAACCAGCGCUUUGUCACUACUGCAGCUCCCACCCUGCACGGGCACACAGGGUUGUAAUGUUUGCAUUUGAGCCAGAGGAGGGAAGGGAGGGAGGAAAAUUCAAUAGUUUUCACAGUUCAUUCGCUUACCCAUGUACGCUGUGCCCACCCCACACUUUUGUACUAGUCUGUGUUUAAAAAAAGGUAAUAAACUUGAAGUUUAUACAAUCA